GUCAACUAAACACCCUCUCUACCCCCGCACUUGAUUCUGCUCUUGUAAGUGAUGAGUUUGAUGUUAACCGUGCACUCGUAACCUGUUGUCCGAGUUCAUCGCAGCAACCACGCGAGCUGAAGGCCAUAACUCCAUGUCGUCUUGCCCUUGAGGAUAAAGUUUUGGGUAACAAAGUGAUAGUGGCAGAUGGUAUGGCGUACCCAUUGGAUGGUUCGUUGCACCAACACUUUAGAUCGAUGAAGCCUAGUCAUUAUAAGGUCCAAGUUGAUUGUAUUUACGACGGACAUGAUGAUGACACUCUUCCGGUACCUACUGGAGAUGGAUUCAAUAACUUAGGCAGGGCUCUUGCUAGUUUUGUGCAAUGGCCAAUUCACUUGGUGAUUUUCGAAGAAGACGAGGAGUACUCUACUCCACGCCCAACAAAGAAGUCCAGGAGUCAGAUUUUUGAAGAGGUGGUUGGUAGCUCCAAAGAGAAGAAAAACGAAUUAAUUGUCAAAGAGAAGACAACAGAAUUAGUUGUCAAAGAUAAGACAACAGAAUUAAUUGUCAAAGAGAAGGCAACACUUGAUUUAGGGUCCAAAGAGAAGACAACACUGAAGUUAACGGCCAAGGAAAAUUCAUGCUCAAAUAAGUUGGAGUCGAAAUCGAAGUCGAAGAACUCUAAUAAAUCCAAAGAGAUGAUCGACAAACUUAUGUACAUGAGGUUGACGUUGAAGAGUUCCUUAGAGGGGCGUGCCUCAACAUUUCAGUGA